AUGAAAAUUCCAUGGAGUAAAGGAGGGUCGACUGAAUUGACGGCCAUACUGUCCAACACUAAAGUCAUACUCACCUCAAAUCUGCCGCGAACUGAACCCCAGGGCUCUAAAUGCAAACAAGUGACUGAACUGAUCCAGAAGUUUGCCGACAAUAAGACUUGUUUGGCUCAAGACAUCCCGUGGGAACCCCGGGCCAGAGGUGACAAGUUUUGGGUGGACAGACACCAUGAACUCAUCAAUCAGACGGUCGCACAUAAAACUGAUGAGAAGAUCAUAUUCGUGGGCGACUCCAUCACACAGGGCUGGCAGAGCCUCGGGAAAGCAGUUUGGGACAAGUAUUACGCGCCCAGACAUGCAUACAAUUACGGCAUAUCGGGGGACAGGACUGAGAAUGUGAUCUUCAGAAUACGAGAUAAGGAAUUCGAUGGACUCGACCCCAAAGUGGCUGUCCUUAUGAUUGGCACGAAUAAUAUCGGUUGGAAUAAUACGGUCGAAGACGCGGCACAUGGAGUACAAGAAGUUCUUAAGGAAUUGACGGCCAAAAUGUCGACCACUAAAGUCAUACUACUAUCCAAUUUGCCGCGAACUGAACCAAACGGCUCUAAAUGCAAACAACUUAAUGUUUUACUCAAGAAGUUUGACAACAAUAAGACUAUCUUUUAUCUGGACAUGUGGUCACACUAUGAGACUCCGGAUGGCAAACAAAAGUUUGAGCUCUUUGUCGAUAAACUGCAUCUCAAUGAGAAAGGCUUUGAAGUUUGGCAACAGACUAUGGAUCCAUUGCUAAACAAAUUGGACCCAGCACUUUAA